AUGCCACUUCCCACAAUACAUUCACCGAUUACAAAGCUCCCACCCGAAAUUUUUGCCAAGAUUUGCGACAAUUUAUCACCAGAGAAUUUAUUGAAUCUUUCUAAAGUAUGUUGUAAAUUUGAUGGAUAUUUAUGUGCACCAAAUUCCUAUUCUACCCAGCAAAUAUGGAAGAAAUCUUGUUUAAAAUUCUUGCCAAAGAAAAAGAUACCACCAAAAGGAAUGGAUGAAAAACGUUAUGUUGAAUUACUAGUGGGACGAGAUUGUCAAAUUUGUAAAAUUAAGAAGCAAUGUAAUAUUUAUUGGGAAUUUGGAGUUAGGUGUUGUUUAAAAUGUUUCAAUGAGAAGACCUUGAAGAUUGAUAUAAUUGAAUCGCAGAUGAUGAGGAAAUAUCCAAAAGAACUACGUGAUAUACUUGAUAUCAUUCCAUAUUAUGACGGGGUGGAUAUGAAAUAUUAUUGGAUGGGACAAAUUUCAUUUGAACUGUAUCAAUACUUGUCAUUUUUGAGAAAUGAUUUAUCGAAUUUACAAUCUUGGUUAAAUGAUAAAAAACAUGUGUUUGAUUCGAUAAUGAAAUAUGCUGAAGCUGAAGCUGCUGAAGAAAAUCAAUAUUUAUAUGCUUGGUAUUUUUGGAAACCUUGGCCUUCUUUUAAAACACCUCUUCGUAGAAGACCUUUCGUUCUUCCAUAUCUUAUUACUGAGUAUUAUUCGUCUAUAGAAGGGUCAAAUACAAUAAAUAAUUCACAUUUUGACGAUUCUGAUGAACUAAAAAAUAAUAAAUUUGUUAAGCCCAAAAAAAAGAAAACAAAAUAUUUUAGAAAGCAUGAUAAUUAUCAAAAAGGAAAAAAUUUGAAAAAGAAGUUUGCCUACAAAUACGGUUAA